GAGAGCGCUAUUGGUUGUGUGUAGAGGGAAACCCGACAGUCGCGUUUUAUCGACAGAAGUGAAGCAAAAAAGUGCAGAGGAGUAUCGCAUACGCCAAAAGGCAAACGAAAGAGCAAAAUAAAAAAAAACCCGAAAGCAAGCAGGCAGUAUCAAGGCAGCAUCACCCAGCAUCAGCAAAUCGAAACAACAUUUCAGAUUCCAGUGGAUAAGCCGACCGGUGAGCAGUGGUGUGACAACCUCGUUUGCCCUCAGACGAUCAGCUGCCAGGUGCAACACAUCCAGCAGUGGUAGUAGUUGAUAGUAGUACCCGCAGUAGUGUGCGCGUGUGCGUGUGUGCGUGUGUGUAGUGUGCGUACGCGUGGUACGAACGAAAGCAAGGACAUCCAGCAUCCCCAGACCAAAGUGCUCUCAUCCCCACAACGAGUCGGGACUCAACAUUAAAGUGCUCGCGUAUCGAUCAUUUUCAUUGGACGCGAGUAACUCACUCGUUACGGCAUAAACGCCGAUCGAUCAUCCCAUCGAUCCGGUGCACCUAUUAGCCGAACCAAACCAACGGGUAACCAGUGCGUGCGCGUGAACGAAACAAACAUCUACCCCUUCGACUAGUCCCGUGCCGCUCGGUCGCGCUUUGUGCCCGCACGGUGGAUCGUCGCCUUCCCAAUUUGGCGUUAUUUUAUUUCGUUUGAUUUUUGGUUGUUGUUGCGUGGCCGCCACGGAUAUCCGCAAGUGCAAGUGCAACGGCGUGUUACCCCGCCGGCAGGUCUGGAGCUAAGGAAAGAAAGUAGGAAGAAGAGAAAGAAGCAACCGGUUUAGAAUUCGCGAGUGAAAACGCAGCAAAUAGUAGGCAGCGGCAGCAGCCAGCAGCCAACCUACACACGCUAAUUUGCCGUCGUUGCGGAAGCUGCGCUGUGUGCGUGUGUGCACCAUUUGCUUAUUUGCGUGUGUAUCGAACCGUUGUGCAGCGCGCGGAUAGUUAGCAGCAGCGUGGUGCGUCCCCGUGUUCGUGUGCGCGCGCUUGUGUGUGUGUGUGUGCCAUACACUGUAGUAGACGGCCAACUGCCCCGUCCAUCUAUUCUUUUUUCCCGUGUGGUGGAUCAGCGGAAAAUUGGUUUUCAUGAUAUCUGCUUGGAUAAAUCCCUAUAAUGAGAAGUGCGGAACUUUAAAAGUUCCCGACUCUUACUCCCAACGGAUCAUGGACAGCUAUCAUGUACAGACGCAUCAGCAGAACAGUUACGGCAGCAACUGCUCGAAUGCCACCAGCCGGCAUGGUGCCGGUGCCGGAGCAGCGACGACGACGCUCUAUACCACACCACACGCCUACCCGGUGGCCACGUUCAACUAUGCCACGAUGAGCUACGCUCACUCGGAGGGUGGCUCCGUAUCGCCACCACCAUCGCCCCGUUCGAACAGCUCCAACUCAUCGGCGUACUCGUCCGCGUCGUCCACGGCCGCAUCCCUGUCGGUAUCGUCUGGCUCGUCAUCUUCGUCGUCGUCCGCUUCCUCGACCUCAUCGUCCUCGUCCUGUAUCUCAUCGGCCGGCUCGGAGACGGGCGCAUCGUACGAGCAUCUGGACAUUUCCGCCCAACGGUUGGCGGUGCUGUCCUUCGAACAGGUGAUGAAGCUGAACGACGUCAUGAACGAACCGGUCUCGAUACACGGCCGCGGCAACUUCCCCACGCUCGAGGUGAAGCUGAAGGAUCUGGUGAACAUUGUGCGGGAAAAGCUCGAGACGGACGUGGUCGCCGGUGGUGCUGGUAUGACGGUAAAGGACAUUCGUCUGAACGGCGGUGCAGCUAGUCAUGUGUUGGCGUCCGAGCCGCAGCCAUACAACGAUCUCGAUCUGAUCUUUGCCGUCGACUUCAGCACCAGCAGGAGUUACGAUCGCGUCAAGUCGGCGGUACUGUCGUCCCUGCUCGACCUGAUGCCGGAGGGCGUCGUCAAGCGCAAGAUAACGCAGUGCUCGCUGAAGGAAGCGUACGUCGGCAAGAUGGUGAAGGUGAACAGCGAUGGCGAUCGCUGGAGUCUCAUCUCGCUCGGCAACUCGCCCGGUCACAAGAAUGUGGAGCUGAAGUUUGUCGAUACGAUGCGCCGCCAGUUCGAGUUCAGCGUGGACUCGUUCCAGAUCGUGCUCGAUUCGCUGCUGCUGUUUUACGACUGUGCCGAGAUGCCGAUGAUCACGGAGAACUUUUAUCCGACCGUCGUCGGCGAGUCGGUGUAUGGCGACUUCCAGGAGGCGCUCUACCAUCUGCAGAAGAAGCUGAUCUCGACGCGCCAACCGGAGGAGAUCCGUGGUGGCGGACUGCUCAAAUACUGUAACCUGCUGGUGCGGAACUACAUGCCGGUCGAUCCGCAGCGCAUCAAGACGCUCGAACGGUACAUGUGCUCGCGGUUCUUCAUCGACUUCCCGGACAUCGGGCAGCAGCGCAGCAAGCUGGAAUCGUACUUGAAGAACCAUUUCUUCGACGAGGGCGAGGAACACCUGCAGCACCAGUACCUGAUGCAUUUAUUCGAGGUAGUCGAACAGUCCACCGUGUGUCUGAUGGGGCACGAGCGUCGCCAAACGCUCAUGCUGAUCGAGUCCCUCGCAAUGGAGAUCUUCUACCGCGACCAACAACAGCAGCAGCAGCAGCAGCAACAUUCGGCCGGUCUGCUCAGCACGGCCACCGCACCGGGCAAUGUACAGUCGGCGGCCGCUCACACCCAGCAGCAACAGCAUACAACGCUUCAGCUCCAGACGCAAAUGUCCCAUCUGUCGCUGUCGCCGCAGCAGCUCUCCCCGCAAUCGCCCACGCUGAUGGCCCAUUCGCCGAACCAUCACCAUCAACACCAGGCGCAGUCCCAACAGCAGCAGCAGCAGCAACAGCAACAGCAGCAGCAACAAACACAACAAGCAUCUCCACAGUGUCCGACAUCGGCACAGCAAGUACAAUCCCAGCAGUCGCAGCAGCAGACGCAACAGUCGGCGGCGAUCACGCAGACGCAGGCAAUCGCGCUGGCCCCGCAACCGGGGCUGCUGUACGCGAACGGAAUCUACUACGCACCGCUCAUUCCCUACACCCAGUGUACGUGCAACAGCUGGAUAACGACGUGAUUGGUGAGCCCGCUGCCGUCGGUGGCAGGCCCGGGUAGCAUUAUCAGCAUUGCAGGCACCGACCAUUCGCCGGAGUUAGCCGCCGAAACAUCACCAUCUCCACCAUCCACCCAGCCCGCACCGUCGCCGUUACCAUCGCUCCUAGUUCCACCACCAUCAUCAGCAACGGGCGGCGCACCCAUCACACCGGAGUGUCCGUACGCGUGUCGUCUUUCAGCGCCGCUACUUCCACAGUCGUCCUGCGUGGUGAACGAUGGGACCUCUACCGGAAGACAGCAACCCAUCCCGACUCCCACCCUAUCGAUUUCUGCGGCCGAUUUGCAACCAACCGCGGCAGCAUCCCUGUCACCAGCCUCACCUACACCAUCAUACGUGUACGCUGUCGCUGGGGAUCACUGCUACUAUUACUACACGUGUCAACCGGGACUCCUGCUGAAAGAGGGCGUCGAGCGAUGAUCAUUAAUAGCGUAAGUUGCUGAAUCCUUGCGGUGGCUGUGACUGUGAAACGCGAAGAGCCGGAAGAACAUGCAUAAGCCACAAAACCGAUAACAAAUCAUUAGACAAGGAUGCAUUGCACGAAGAGAAUCUUUCGCAAGUUUGUUUGUUGUUCUUUUACAUUCUGAUGAAAUACCGUCGCUCAUCGAUGGCAUAAAUAACACACCGCAACGGGUGGGGUUUCACGUUCAGUGUAACGACUCUCAAUGCGUGCUUGCAGUGCUGCAACUGCGUCUUGAACGCCGUCGUUCGAUACCACCCAAAACGUCAUGUGUGUUUCGCUCCUUAUGAAACCUGUAAAUCAACACAGAAAGCGCCCAAAUGGCCAAUUGGCGAUAAGAAAGGUUUUAACAAUAUUUACGGAAGGUUA